CCUACGAUCUUCUUAUAUGAUAUACUUCUGUACAUAGUGAAGUUGGAUGGAAUCCUCGAGUUUUAUAUGUUAAACAAAAGUAAAUAGUGCAUAAUUGUUUCCUGUGCAGUGUAUUAGCAAAUUCAGCCAAAGGGACAUGCAAACACCCUUCAAUAAUUAAUUGAUUGUAAUUACACCUGCCUGUAACUAUUUUGUUUGUUUAUAGACAGUAUAGCCAUGGAAAAUGAACCACCCUCGUAUGAUGAAACCACCCAGAAUACAACACAAAACGAAGCAAGUGGAGAUGAGAAGAUCAAAGUGUGGAAAUUUGACCUUAGUUUGACCUUUAUGAAGAGUAUAGGAGGAAUAUUUAAUGUUGUUUUAAUUGGAUUUUCGUUGAUUUGUUGUAUAGCAUUAGGAGCAGCAAAAAGAGUUGACUGUUACGCAGCGUAUACAUCUGCUUAUGGUUUCUACAAUUUUGCCUUUGGGUCCUGCAUCCUGACAUAUAUUCUUCGAUACAUAAUAUAUAUAUUCAAUCUGAAUACACGUCUGCUGUGGGUAUUCCCUUGGCUUAUAUGGAACCCAGCAGUAAGCCUCUUUUUCGCAGUAACAUUCUUUAUAUCGUCUAUAGCAGUUGUUGCUAAUGAGUGUGGUAAAAAUUUGGGAGGAUACAAAGCGGCAGCAGCUUUUGGAUUCAUAACAUUUUUUAUAAUGGGAGCUGAGUUGGCGUAUAAUGUAUAUCUCCUGAGAAGAGACCAUCCUCCAACUGAAAACACGGUGUUGCUGUUCGUUGGUGUAGAACGGAAACCUCCUGGAAAUGCUCCUGUCUACGACCAAGACAAUGCCACGUCAGACUCACCCGAAGAAUCAAAAUACUGAAUAUUAUAGAUAAUCAAUGAUCUAAUUGUGACAUUUUAUAAGUUUUGUUGUGAGAUUAUUGUGGUGCUAUACAAACUACUUAUAAAACAGUUCAUUUGUUCUGCAGGCAGAAUUAUUCAAACUAGUCAAUAAAGACUCUUCUUUUAUAUAUGAA